GAAACACAACGUUCACCGACAACGUUCAGGUCUUCUGUUAACCCUUUAUGGAAACAGAUCCGACCUGUUCAGGUGGAAACGGAACCUCUGAAAGCAUUUAAGAGUUUAAACGAUUACGUUUGUAAAAGUGUGAAUGACUGCAUCACAAGUCAACGUGUCAACCAACCGAAGUCUGACUCUGAAACCUGAUUACAUUUCAGAUGGAGUUUUGUUUACGAUCUCUUCAUGUUGUCACAUUAUGACACACUAGUGUGUGUGUGUGUGUGUGUGUGUGUGUGUGUGUGUGUGUGUGUGUGUGUGUGUGUGUGUGUGUGUGUGUGUGUUGUCAGUGGGUCAGUGUCAUGGCGGUCAGCAUCAUGUCGGCGUCUCUGCUGUGUCUCUACCUCGUCGUCUGCUUCCUUCAGGUUCUCAUCCAAGGACAAGUGUUCCGGGCUCCUAAGGACCAGGCGGUGUUCCUGAGGUCCAGACGAGCCAACAAGUACCUGGUGGAGGAGAUCCUUCAGGGGAACCUGGAGAGGGAGUGUCGAGAGGAGCUGUGCACCUACGAGGAGGCCAGGGAGGUGUUUGAGGACAAGGAGAAGACGAACGUCUUCUGGACCGUUUAUUAUGAUGGGGACCAGUGUAGCCCCCCUGCCUGCAUGGAGGGAACUGCACCGAUAAAGUGGGGGUUCCACUGCUCCUGCCCCCCCCCUCACUACGGACCGACCUGUGAACUGGGAGCUCCAGAAGACGGACGAAAGCCGCCGUACAAAAAAGUCAACCGAGCAGAGCUCUCAGAGUGUCCGACCGACGGGCCGACGGCGUGUCACCAGCUGUGCUCGCCGUCCUCCCUCUCCUUCACCUGCUCCUGCUUGCCGGGAUUCAAACUACAGACCGACGGGCGGAGCUGCCUCGCUGAAGUGGCGUUUCCCUGUGGUCGACUUCCUGAAAACCUCAACGCCACGCCGUCACUGUGUCGCCAUGGAAACUGUCCCUGGCAGGUGUCCCUGGUGAGCAGCAGAGGGGCGGAGCUGUGUGGCGGCGUUGUGCUGGGGCGCCGCUCCGUCCUGACCGCCGCCCGCUGCGUCCUGACGGGCUCACCAUCCGACCUCCGGCCCUCCAGGUUCGCCGUGGUCGCCGGCGACGGCGAUGAGAAGAGGCUUGUCCCCGUCCGGGCGCUGUACGUCCACAAUGGUUUCCGUACCGAUCGCCACGACAACGAUCUCGCCCUCCUGGAGCUGGCCCGCCCCUGACCUUUAGCCCCGCCCUCAUCCACCUCUGCCUGCCCACCAAGGACUUUAGCGAAAACAUCCUGAUGAAUUCUGGGAAGACAGGCAUGGCCACGAGGCGGACCCAGAAACCGGUCUACAUGACGCUGGACGAGUGUCGCCGUCAGAUGUUCUUCUCACAUCCACUGAGCAACAAAAUGUUCUGCAUGAGGAGCCAGAACGUAGCCCAGAGGAGCCAGAAUGGACCUUUGGGGAACCAAAAUGGACCUUCAAGGAACCUGGACCGAGCCCAGCAGAGGCUGAAUGGCCGCACAGUGAACCAGAACCAGAAUCCAGCCCAGAAUGGGCCGCCCAACAGAGCAGAAAACAAUACCAGGUCAAAGAUUCAGAAUCAGGAGCCCUCAGACCUUCAUUCGAGGUCGGAGGUCAGCGCCCGGCGAUGCGGCGAUCUGUUGCCGGGGACGGCGGUUGCCACGGUGGAACGAGGGACGGCGUUCCUGACGGGGCUGCUGAUGUCAUCGUCGUCGGGCUGCGACGGCCAGGUGUUCACCAAACUGUCCCGCUACCUGAGCUGGAUCCGACCAAGGCUGGAGGCCGCCGAGGAUCACAUGACCACUCUGGUCAGCGAGUAUCCUGAGGUCCGCUAAAUGAACCACCAAACGCCGCCGCCAUCUUUAAAACUCUUCGACAAAUCAUCGUCUGUUUCUUAUCGUUUUUAUAAACACUCAUCACUGAUACUUUUGCUUCUCAUAAAAAAUGUUUUACAAUUAUGGAUCAGCCGUUACGCUGACGAUGUUCUUCUGUCUGUUUACAAUAAUUAUUCUAACAGAUAAAAACUGAUUCAUUCAGACUCCAGAUGCUUUAUUAUCAUGUUUGAUGAUUGAUCAGUAAACAUUGAGUAAAGAGGUCUAAACUAACUCUACACUAACCUUCUGUUUCUAUGUGAAGUCUGAAGAAUGAUGAAGUUCAUUGCAGCUCGUUCUAGGCUGCUUUUAUUGUGAAACUCUUGACAUUGAAACAGGAAGUUGUUCCUGUUUAAAUGUAAGCUUAUUACUUUGUCUCUUUCAGUUUUUUACUUCCACAACCCAUUGUUGAAGCUAAAAUCUAAAGCUUUAAAAGCACUAGAAUGUAGUUUGGAAGUUGAAUCUUUUAUUUAACAUCUGUGCAAAAAACGGCAGAAAAUAUGAAAUAAUCAAAACAUGAAGAUCAUAUUCAAAAUCAGAAGUUUGUAUUUGAGAUGUGCAACUUUGAAAGUGAUGAAUUUGUCAAAGUGUUGCCUAAAUAAAGACUCCAGUACCCACAAUGCACCGUCCAAAGCCUUGAGGAAACGCAGGUUUGUGUUAAUAAACAGAAGACGUUCGA